AUGGAGUACAUGGGAAGCAAUAUAACAUACAACAAAGACAUAUACAGUGAGUUUAAGUACUACUGUGAACAGCAUGAGAUUGAAGUAAUGAGUAAAGGAGACUUUGAAACGCUUAUGAAAGACAGUAAGGAGGUCGUUCAUGAGAACAAUGAUGAAAUAGUUCAUGAGAACAGUGAGGAGGUCAUACAUGAGAACAGUGUUGAAAUAGUUCAUGAGAACUGUGAGGAGGUCGUUCAUGAGAACAGUGAUGAAAUAGUUCAUGAGAACAGUGAGGAGGUCAUACAUGAGAACAGUGAUGAAAUAGUUCACGAUGUCGUUCGUGAAGAAGCCAUUGCAACAAAGAAUGAGAUAAAGGAUUUCAUAGAACUUAACAAGGAGGAGUUUAAAGAAGGCUAUGAAGUGAAAAGAUGUGAAGAAGAUUUCUUGGCGUAUUUGAAGAAAAAGAGACUAAAGCCAAUGGCUCAAAAUAAGUUUCAAUCGAUGUUUGAAAAGAAACGUUUGAGCUAUGGUGGUGUAAGAAGUACAUAUUACUUUGUUAAGAAGUGA